AGUACCCUUACUUGACCUCGUCUUGCGCCGUCUCCUUUCCAGCCAUCCGUCCUUCUUACAUCCAUCUCUUUACGACGCGAUCAGUCCGAAUCGCCAUUCUAACCGUGCCGUCUUAUCCUGCUGCUCGCCGUGUUCCGUCCGCGAAACAAAAAGGCUUGGGAAGACAGACGUAGCACACACUCGCUCGCUCGCUCGCUCGGUCACUCUCUCACUCACUCAUCCUCAGGGAAAGCGAGAAAGAGAUUAGAGAGACAGACAGACAGACAGACAGACAGACACACCCAUUCCAUCUCAUCCCGCCUCGCCCGCCCACGUAAGCUAUUCCCUAUUGUAUUGUACGUCCGUCCAUAAUCCAGCCCCCCUGCCCUGCCAUUUUACCUCAAUCUACUGGUUUUGUUUCGUUGUUCCUUCUUCCGCUCGUUCCAAACGUCCCAUCUCAUCUCAACCCAUAACAUGCCCCCCCGUCGCCUCGUCCAGCUCUAGCGAGCAGACUGGGAGGAGACAGCAUCCAUUCGCCCUUCUCCUUCCCCCGUACCUCCCGCCAGCCCCCCAAAAAAAACACAGCUCGCAACCCCCCGAAUCCUUGAAGAGGGGAAAGGGUAGGGGACACACAGGGCGUACACCGCACACCGCACACCGUACACCGUUCUACAUCGUACACCACCCACAGCGACCGCGUCGCAUAGUCUCUUCUUGUUCGUCUUGUUCAACCCCCCCCAAGCUCCGACAUAUCAUCCUUGCACAUUGUUCGUCGAGUCCGCCGUCGUAUCCAAUCCCACGAUUUGGUUGGAUGGAUACUUGGGAGAACGAACCUGGCGCGACAAAGGCAAUUGUUCCCACUCUUCUCCUUCGGCAUCCAGAACCCUCCCUCUACCUGUAUUCUGUAGGUUGGGAUACCGUCGCAACAGUUGUGGCCAUUGACUGUUACCCGUCACUUCCACUCACUCACUCACUCACUCAAUUCACCCACUCGCUCACUCAUCACCGUACGUGCGCUCACAUGUGGUCCGGUCCCCCUUGCCCCUCCCUCCCUCCCUCCCCUCGCCCUCCUCCCUCCGCUCUCCCAUAUUUCCCGUUCGCUCGCCUUGUCGCCCGUACCCGUACCCUUCACCUUCAGUAUUGUUCCCUUCACUUCCCCGCUUAAACAAGGGCAAUUACCGGGUCAUCGACUCUAAUCGCCUCGCCUCGCCUCGCCCUUCGCUUGGCUCUCCCUACCCCUUCUUCCUGCCCGCCCACCAUGUCCUGCAUACCGCCGCCCCUCACUCACUCUUCUUGGUCAUAGUUGUCGACAUCUUCCCUGUCGUCAACACCCCUCACUCGUCGAAGCCGGCUCGACUGUGGUCCAUCCCAUCAUCGUCUUCUCCCCCCCCCCCCACACACCAAAGACAACUCUCACUCCCCUUCCCGAGAUCCAAGCAGGUAGUGUAACAACACGACCCGACCUCAGCAGGCAGGUGGUCCUGUCACCUGUGGCGUCGUUGCGCGCGGGGCUCCCCAUCCUCACUUUUCACUGCGGCAGUCUGAAGGCAAAACGUGAGACAUCCACUCAACACAGACGGAACCUGACUGGUCCGGACUCUGAGUACUGCAGCAUCUCUCUGCCGACGUUGACUUGGAACUGGCUGCAGGGCACCUCGCUCACUCAAAUCUCCAGUAUCCAUUGUGGCUCAAUCGCACACACACACACACACACACACACACACACACACACACACACACACACACACACACACACACAAUCUCUCUCUCUCUCUCUCUCUCUCUCUCUCUAUCUCUCUAUCUCACACGUUCACCCCCUCCCUUUCCACCUCUUGUGUCUGGAUAAUCGCUCAUUCGUUCCUGGAACACACACACUCUCACAUACACGUACCUCAUCCCGCACCCGCACCCGCAUACCAUACUGAUCCUCCCGUUGUACCUAGCAACUAGACUUUUUUUUCUUCUCCGCCAAAACAACCCUCAUCAGAGAGUUCUUGCUUUUUCCCCCCAGCAGGAGGUCCGAGAGUGGGACGUGAUUAAGCCUCCCCCCCCGGCUCUUGUCACUGACUGAUCGCAUGCACGCCUGACGCUCAGUCUGACACUCUCACUCUAUCUCUAUCUCUGUGUCUCUGUGUCUCUGUGCCUCUGGUACUUUGAUCUUACCGCCAACCGUGUCUAACAAUGCCGACCACCAUGACAGACUCGGAGCGAUCUCGGCGUACGGAAAACUGGAUUCCUACAUCCACCCGAGGCGGCGUCUACUACUGCCCCAGAUAUCUUCUCGACCCUCCCACACCACAACAAAACCGCCUACCGACGCCGCCCAUCCGCGCCCGCCAGGUCAGACCACGAUCAAUACACAUCACCUCGUGGCCAUCGGGCUUCGUACCCCACGAACUCAGGCCGCAGCCCGAACGCCCCGCCAAGAGGAGGAGACCGUCCAAGGCCGUCUCGCCGACCACAACAUCGCUGGGGAAGUCGUCGCUGAAGUUCAGCAUCAAGCAGUUCUUCUCCCUUUCCCAGAAGCAGGUCCCCAGCAGAUCCGCGUCGUGCUCGUCCACCCUUUCGAGACCGACACUCUCGAGACCACCCAGCAGAGCCACAAGCCUCCUCAACAGACUCUCCACCUACCGCGAGGUGGACUUGGUGGUACCCGAGGAAGACACCAUGGCCCUGCGAUCGGCCGCCAUGGCCGAGGCCCUGCGGCCGCCCCUGAUGAGCUCUACAUACAACACACCCGGCCAGCGUAGCAGCUUGAUGUCGGUACGGAGCGCCAAGAGCAACGUGACGUCCAUGGUCACCGAGAUCCCCAAGCCCGUGGCGCACGGCAGCGGCGUCAGCUGUUCGAUCCUCAUGGCCGAGCCCAACAUCUUCCUGACGGGCUUCGACCACGACGGGCACCGACAGCACUCGCAAGGCGGCACGGCGCUGCUGCGCGGCAAGCUGCAGUUGAAGGUCACCAAGAACGUCAAGAUCAAGGGUGUCAGCCUGAAGCUGGUCGGCAAGGCGCGCACGGAAUGGCCCGAGGGGAUCCCUCCGCUGAAGGUCGACCUGUACGAGGAGGAAUCGUUGCGGACGCAGGUCCUGACCUUCUUCAACGCCGUCAACGACGGAUGGGAAACCGAGUACGGCAACCAGUGCGUCUACAUGCUGAAGAACAGCUCUUCCAACUCGUCGUCGACGAACUUGCCCGUGUCCAGCUCGCCCCGCAACUCCAUGUCGCCGUCGAUGCUGUCGGUACCGCACAACAGGCAACAACAUGGCGGCCUCACGGCCAAGGAGCUGAAGCGUCUGUCUCUGCAGUCGAACCAAUCGCGUAGCUUCGGCAAGGGUGACAACCCCAGCGGCAAUCAGGCCAAGGGCUACAAGGUGUUCUACCCUGGCGUUUACGAGUACACCUUUGAGCUGCCCAUCGACCACCACCAGCUGGAGACGACCAAGCUGCAGUAUGGAUCCGUCAAGUGGGAGCUGCAAGCGACGGUCGAGCGCGCCGGUGCUUUCAAGCCCAACCUGCACGGGUCCAAGGAGGUGGCCAUCGUGCGCGUCCCGGAUCAGCUUUCACUAGAGAUGACGGAGCCCAUCUCCAUCAGCCGACAGUGGGAGGACCAGCUACACUACGAUAUCAUCAUCUCGGGGAAAUCGUUCCCCAUCGGCACCAAAAUCCCCAUCGCCUUCAAGCUGACGCCGCUUGCCAAGGUCCAGGUCCACAAGCUCAAGGUCUUCGUCACGGAGUCGGUCGAGUACUGGACCAACGACCGUAGAGUGACGCGCAAGGACCCGGGCCGAAAGAUCCUCCUGCUCGAGAAGACGGCCGGGAAGCCCUUGGACGCUGCCUACGCCUCGUCGGACGUCCGCGUGCUCAACGGUGGCGAGCUGACGCCGCGCCAGCGCCGGGAGGCCCGCGAGUCCGCGGCUAUGCGCCGCGCCGCCGACGCCUCCCGCCAUGGCGUGAUGCCGCAGCCUCUGCCCGAGCCGGUCGACAAUAUUCUGGGCGACUUGGACCUCGGUCUAGAGAGCUACUGGGGCUCGACCGAGAUCGAGAUGAAUGUGCAGCUGCCCACCUGCGAGACCAUGGCCAAGAGCAAGGAGUUGCGCUUGCAUCCCGAUUGCAGUUGGAAGAACGUCAACGUGUACCACUGGAUCAAGAUUGUCAUGAGAAUCUCCCGUCUUGAUCCUGAGGAUCCUACCGGUACCAAGCGCCGUCACUUCGAGAUCAGCAUCGACUCGCCGUUUACGGUCCUCAACUGCCGCGCCACGCAAGCCAAUACGUCGUUGCCCGAGUACUCGGGUCCCGACGUGGGCUUAAACCAGAGCCGCCAUACGUCCUGCGGAUGCCCGGAUGCGGUGACCAUCUCUGGACCCGCCGAAGGGUCGCCAAACAACUUGUCGACCGGUGCCCUCACAUUUCUGGACGGAUCCGAUAACCUUCCCGCUCCGCCCCAAGCGGCACACCUUCCGUCUCCGCAGCCGACCACGAGCGGCCCCGGCCGUGCCUCGCCGCCGAAUUCCCAAACCUCCAUGGACCCGCACGCCGAUACUCACCCGCGCCCGAUCCAUCUCCUACGCGUGCCGUCAUACAACCCUCCGGCCUUCGAUGCCGAGACGCCGCCGCCGCCGCAUGCCGGGCACGAGCUCCCCUUGCAGACGCCGCCGCCACAGUACGACAUAAUCGUGGGCACCCCCAGCGUGGACGGGAUGGCCGACUACUUUGCGCGGCUCGCAGAUUAUGGCUACGACGAGGCCGAGGAGGACUCGGACUCGGACGAGGGCCCGGCGCGUAUCUCGGAGCGGGGUGGCCGCGUCAACGUUGCGCAUCCCCGCACUCCGGGUGGCAGACGCGCGCCCAGCCGGAGUCUGGACAUCCGCCGGCCACCUUUGGAGCUGCGGUUGGAGUCGCUGCCAGCGCUCAGGAGGAAUGAUGUGCCAUCACAAAUCAACUGAACAUAAUACUCUGCUGUAAUAAUACAGAUGAGGAGGAAGAGAGAGAGAGAGAGAGAGAGAGAGAGGGAAGAACAUUGGAAUAUCCAUGUGAUUUGGAAGUGGGAUGAAGGAAUGGAACCAAGAUGGAAGAGGGCUCGCUACGGGGUCACGCAUUAUGACUACGGAUCAUUCAAAGGGGAUCAUCAAAAUAUCCAACAUCUUUUGGGGGGGUAGGGAAACCGGUCGGCGCAUUCAUUUUGCAGCUAGGCUGUUUUUCACGCUCGCUUUCGCCCGCAUUUUAGAACACACGACACAAGUCUUGUGGGAAUGGAAGGGAGGGGGAUGGGGAGGAUAGCACGUUUUUUGGCGUUGUCUUUUCUGUGCCGGAUGUUUUUCUCUUUUUCUUCUUCGGAUAUACCUGGACAACUACGUCUACCGCCGUGUGUGUGAAUAUUGAUUCCCUGAAAUUUGUACUUUAUUAUAUUUGGGCCUCGAAGAAGAAAGAU